CCAGGACUUUCCUAAAAGGACAAGACAAGGGAAAGUAAUACAUCUCAUACAGAUUUAGGAGGAACAGACUUGUCCUGAAAUCUUCUCAGAUGUCACGAAACCUGCUUUGAGCGGUUGUCGUCUGCCCAGAUGCAUUUGCGACUCCUUGUCAUAUUAACUCUGUUCAGCAAUGCAAUGAUGACGUUAACUCCGAAGCCGAGAAAAGACAGUGGCAUCAAGGACGCUUCCGAGGUUUGCCGGAACUGUCUGGAAUGCUCGCUGGAUAACGGCUGCCUACGCUGCCCAGAGAAGCUGUUCCUGUAUCUCCAGCGAGAGGGUGUGUGGCACCUCGGCUCCUGCCUGCACUCCUGUCCAGCGGGACACUACGGCGUACGCGGUCGGGGCAUGAACCGCUGCUUGAAAUGCAAAGCCCCCAGUUGCGAUUCGUGCUUCAGCAGAGACUUCUGCACAAAAUGCAAACCAGGGUUCCAGCUGUUUAAAGGAAAGUGCCUGCACAACUGUCCAGAAAGCACAUACGCACAUUUAACAGACUGCUUAGAGGACUGUCAGUUGCAGCCUUGGAGCGAGUGGACCUCCUGCAAGCGAAAAGGUUUGAGCUGUGGUUACAGGUGGGGGAAGCAGAGCAGGAGCAGGCAAAAGUCACCCCUCUGUCCAGCUCAGAGUGAAAACAGGAAAUGUCCAAUGCGAAGGAGAUGCCCGGGAGAGCGACGGGAGACAGUAAGGAAGUGUGAGAGAAAGACGGGAGGCAAACAGAGGAAUCUCUGCAAGGAUGGAGUGGUGACAGACGCACCAGAGGGUCACAGAAGAGACACGCAAGGAGAGGAGGACGGGAAAGUGCAGCGGCAGAUCCGGCUUUGACUCCUGAGACUCGUGUCGAUGCGGGAGGGGAUUCCAUCCUGUUUAGGGAAAAUGCUUGUGAUGGUGAAGGAAACAAAAGAUUAAAAAAAUGACAGAUAAAGAACAGAUUGCCAUCAGUUAAAUUAUCAUUCUCAACGACAUCUAUUUAUUGGAAAUAUGAAUGGCCCAGAAUGCGAAGGAUGUUUAGCCUCAAAUAGAAGUGAUACAAAUUUAAGCUAUUGCCAUAUGAUUGUUUUUAAUAAUGAAAGAUCUCAUUGGUUUUAAAAGUAUAACUUAUAGCCAUACUGGUGAUGCCAGAAAAUAACUAGUGAGUAACAUGAUCACCAUACACAUCGGCAUGUACAUACUCAGUCAUUCACACUAACUUCUUGGAUGCGCCGGUUUGCGGAUUAUGGAUUCCUCUCACAUGAUUGCUUCGGCCCCAAAAGGCAGCUGAAGUGCUUGUCUUUGGGGGCCUCCAGCCUCAUGUCAGCUUAGGGCUUCCAGAGAAGUUAAUUUGCCCCCGAUGAAGGUUUAUAAAAAGUUCCAUUUUGCCCUUUUCCUGAUUCCAUGACCAGGCUUCCUUUCGCUGAUUCACUGUUACUUCGCCUGUUGUCCUUUCAGUUUCCUUGAUUCACUGUUACUUCGCCUGUUGUCCUUUCAGUUUCCUUGAUUCACUGUUACUUUGCCUGUUGUCCUUUCAGUUUCCUUGAUUCACUGUUACUUCGCCUGUUGUCCUUUCAGUUUCCUUGAUUCACUGUUACUUCGCCUGUUGUCCUUUCAGUUUCCUUGAUUCACUGUUACUUCGCCUGUUGUCCUUUCAGUUUCCUUGAUUCACUGUUACUUCGCCUGUUGUCCUUUCAGUUUCCUUGAUUCACUGUUACUUCGUCUGUUGUCCUUUCAGUUUCCUUGAUUCACUGUUACUUUGCCUGUUGUCCUUUCAGUUUCCUUCAUUCACUGUUACUUGGCCUGUUGUCCUUUCAGUUUCCUUCAUUCACUGUUACUUCGCCCGUUGUCCUUUCAGUUUCCUUGAUUCACUGUUACUUGGCCCGUUGUCCUUUCAGUUUCCUUCAUUCACUGUUACUUGGCCUGUUGUCCUUUCAGUUUCCUUCAUUCACUGUUACUUGGCCUGUUGUCCUUUCAGUUUCCUUCAUUCACUGUUACUUGGCCUGUUGUCCUUUCAGUUUCCUUCAUUCACUGUUACUUGGCCUGUUGUCCUUUCAGUUUCCUUCAUUCACUGUUACUUGGCCUGUUGUCCUUUCAGUUUCCUUCAUUCACUGUUACUUGGCCUGUUGUCCUUUCAGUUUCCUUCAUUCACUGUUACUUGGCCUGUUGUCCUUUCAGUUUCCUUGAUUCACUGUUACUUCGCCUGUUGUCCUUUCAGUUUCCUUGAUUCACUGUUACUUCGCCUGUUGUCCUUUCAGUUUCCUUGAUUCACUGUUACUUCGCCUGUUGUCCUUUCCGUUUCCUUGAUUCACUGUUACUUGGCCUGUUGUCCUUUCAGUUUCCUUCAUUCACUGUUACUUCGCCUGUUGUCCUUUCAGUUUCCUUGAUUCACUGUUACUUCGCCUGUAGUCCUUUCCGUUUUCAGUUAAGACGGCCUCCUCACACUGUGGUUAAACAAGUAAAUUCAUAUGUUUCUACCCGAUUGCACAAAUAACAGCUUUAAUUUUGUAUUCCCUAUUUUCUGUCCAGCUACAGGCUUAGAGUGCUUCAUGUUAUAUUAAAUAUAUUAUAAUGAAAAAAUUAUAAGUACUGUUACUAGGUAAAAUGCAUCAACAGACAUUAAACAAUUUUAAGAUCAGAAAUUCUAUGUAAUUUUCUUUGUUGACAAUAAAACAAAGAAUUGCUUUUAACCUAAA